AUGCCGACCUGCGAGGCUUUUCAGAAGCUCCUCAAGCUGCCUCACGACAGGCUUCGCAAGAUCAGCAAAGUGGAGAGGACGCGCUCGGCCGAGCAAUGGGCCGAGGUAGCUGAGGCUAAGGCUGCGAGCACCUGGCACGGAGUCACAAAGCUCCGAUUCACGACCGACAUUCUGGGCGAGCCCGUGUCCUACGUGAAGACGGGCUCCACCUUCGAUGGCUGGAAGGAGUACUUCCUUUUGACGCGCUACGUCAUGUCGCCCGAUCCCAUUCCGGAUCGCACUGAAGACAUCCUCUUUGCACGUGCGCGUUGA